CAUAACCUCACUUUUUGAUAUUAGUAGGAUUAGUGGAUGAAUAUUGGAGUGCAGACACACGGCGCCAUCUUGUGGUGGAUAGCGUGUGAGUGAGUUUGGAAGCUAGUGGUGGAAACUGUUUUACCGUUCGCGGCGCCAUCUUGUGGUGGAGCUUGAACUGAUAAAAAAGUCUGAGCGGGAUUCGAACCGGCGGUGCCUCGAGCGUCGGAUUGUGAAUCCAACGGUUUAGCAACUAAGCUACAGGGAGGCACACAGUAAAGUAGUAAAUUAAGGGGUAGAAAUGGAGUGUGUUCUUCGAGGCGAUAAUUGAAUAUUUGAGAUUUGAACGAAUAGAUGGUUACGUUGUUGAAAGAUUGGAUUUAUCCUCAGUGGAAUGUGGAUUUCUGUAAUUUUCCAUACUAAUUAGUUCAUAAUGUUAAUAGUUGAGCGUGUUUUAUUUGAAUUGAGUAAUGUGUGUGUGUGUGUGUGUGUGUAUAUUUGCAUGAUCUCAAUGAAUGAAUGUACUGGGGGUGUCUCAUGAUAAUCAAGGAUAUGUAUGGAAUUUUGGCAUUCAAUGUGAUAUGAAAAUGAAAAAGCAAAUUACACUUUUUAACUAGGUAGCUAAUGCUUUUCGCUGUGGGAUUAUAUGAUUCAUUGCCGAGGAAAAUAUUUUAGGAUUCAGACAAAGCCAUUCGUAAACAAACAUUGUCUGAAAGCAGAAUUGCGAUUUUGUUGAAGGAAUUUUUUUUUCAUGUCAACAACAAGCAUGUGAGAUAUAUCGGGAAUGGAAAUAUGGUGACAUAUCGAUUUGCAUCCGCAUUCGAGACAAUCUAAACAACAACAGCUGAGUAUCAUCCAAGUUGAUUAGAAAGCAGUACCGGACUCAGUCAAAAGGCAAACCGAUGAUUGCAGAAUCACGACCUGACAAUAAAAUUUAGAGAUUAAUUUGAUUAUAAUAUAACUUCAAGAUGUAUAAGUCGACUGUGAAAAUUUUACCGAAUUCCCGAACUGAAGACUUCGAAACCCGACUUGAAAAAUUAGUCAUACAAAAAGCCAAAGAUCCUUGCUUCCUGAAUCAGAUCACAUACGAAUCUAGGCUAUCAACCUUUGAUAAUUGGUCAAAAUGUAUGAAACAAAAACCCUCACAAUUAGCUGCCUCAGGAUUAUACUAUACUGGUGCUGGUGAUCAAACCAUGUGUUUUUACUGCGGAGGAGGCCUUGAAGAUUGGAGUGAGGAUGAUGAUCCUUGGGAACAGCAUGCCCUUUGGUUCCCCAAAUGUAAUUUUUUAUUGUUGAAAAAGACUCCAGCAUUCGUUGAAGCAGUUCAUGAAAAAUAUAAGAGUUUAUUGUCUAGCAAAAAGGAUGCGAUUAACGAGAUUUCGAGUACUGAAUCAGAGCAAAGCGUCACUUUAUGUAAAAUUUGUUUCAAAGACGAGUUGGCUAUCGUUUUUUCACCUUGUGGGCAUAUGGUGGCUUGUACCGAUUGUGCUUCAGCGUUCAAAGAGUGCCCAGUGUGUCGAAAAAAACAUUCAAGCAACAGUACAUGCAUUCCUAUCAUAAUAAAGUAAAACAUACAUUUUUCAAUAUGUGAGUUUAUUUUUUGGAAUAAAAUCCUGUUCAUACACAUUAGAUUUGUCAUUAACAUUCCAUGUGAUUUUUUCCCAACAUAUGAGAUUAUCUGCAACUACAAUAUUGAAAAACUAUUGGGAUAAGCUCUUUUGUUUCUGCAUAGCAGUCAACUCUCAAAUGU